CGUCGCUGUAAAACUUGUUUAGCGUGUAAAUAAUCCUUAUUUCUUCCAUCUUUUAUUAUUUCCGUGCAUCCGCUGCUAACCGUCCACCAUGUCCGGCUACACAGAGGAAUACAUCCGGCAGAAGCUGAUCGAAAAGCUGGAGGCAACGCAUGUGGAAGUGGUCGAUGAAUCAGAUGGUUGUGGCGGCAAAUUUCGUGUCGUAGUCGUUUCCACCCAGUUUCAAGGCAAACCUCUACUCCAACGGCACAGGCUAGUGAAUGCUGCGCUGGAAGAGGAACUGAAAACGAUUCACGCUUUCUCGCAAAAAACCUACACCCCGGAGCAGUGGGCCGGUGAAGCUGGUCCCUAGAUUAGGUGUCCAUUUGUUAUAUUUGAACCACCCGAAC